CCCACCGUACGCCCAAACCCCAAUCUCUUCCUCUCUCUCUCUCUCCGGAGCUAGGGUUAGCGCCCCCAUGGCCGGCGCCGGCAUCCACCCGUUCCACCAGCAGUGGCCGCCCGCGGCGGCCGCGCCGCCCCCGCCGGGGGCGGCCGCCUCGGCGGCCGUCCCGCCGCCUCCCCCCGUGCCCGGCGCGCCCGGCACCGCCGCGGCCGACGAGGUCCGCACCAUCUUCAUCACGGGGCUCCCCCUCGAUGUCAAGGAACGGGAGCUCCACAACCUGCUGCGCUGGCUCCCGGGGUUCGAGGCUUCCCAGGUCAACUUCAAGGGCGACCAGCCCAUGGGCUUCGCGCUCUUCGCCACCGCGCACCAGGCCAUCGCCGCCAAGGCCGCGCUGCAGGAUCUGGUGUUUGAUGCGGAGACCAAGUCGGCGCUGCACACUGAGAUGGCAAAAAAGAACCUCUUCGUCAAGAGAGGUGUGGUAACUGAUGCAAAUGCUGUGGACCAAAGUAAACGCCUGCGGACAGGUGGAGACUAUACUCAUUCACCUUAUGCUCCACCUCCGUUUCAUCCACCCCCGCCAGCUGUUUCCAUGUGGGGAACUGCAAGUUAUAUCACUGCUCCACCUCCUUACAACCCCUAUGCCUAUCCAGUGCCUCCGGUAGCUAUGACUUCACCUUCGCCUGUACCAGGUCCAACUGCCUAUGCUCCCGUGCAGAACACAAAAGAUAAUCCUCCCUGCAAUACCCUUUUCAUUGGUAAUCUUGGUGAAACUGUAGUUGAAGAAGAAUUGCGGAGCCUCUUCAGUGUGCAACCUGGUUACAAACAAAUGAAAGUUUUACGCCAAGAAAGGAACACUGUUUGUUUUAUUGAAUUUGAGGAUGUGAAUGCUGCUACAGCUGUACACCACACGUUGCAGGGUGCAGUUAUUCCUAGUUCUGGUCGUGGUGGAAUGCGAAUACAGUUUUCGAAGAAUCCCUUUGGGAGAAGGAAAGAUUCAGCUGGUGGCGUUGCAAGCAUUCUAAAUGGAGCUUCUGCAAAAUGAGAGCUGCCUGAGGGGGAUGUAUUCUGAACUUUAGCAUGUCAUCAUGGAUUUCAUGCCACCCCAUCCUAUUUAUCAUCUGCAUGCUUCUGCUAAAUGCGCUUUUUUUCAUGUAUGACAUUGGCAUCUUCAUUAUGUGAAGUUUCUGGGACAUGAUCAUUGUCUUCAUUAGCUGGAGUGUUUGGGACAUGAUCAUCUGGUAGACAUUGCAUUGUCACCAAUACCAUAGUUGCUGUUUUCUAUGUGUUUUGUAGUUUUGAGUAGGCCAUCCUCAAUUUCUUCUAGGUGUGCAUUUGACAUUUGUCGUGGAUAUUAUGCAGUUCCCUGUAUACAGUUGCUGCAACAAUUCUUGUGUUCAUGUCAUCAUCGCUUUGCAAUAUGGACAUAUUGUAAUAGUUAAAGUGAUUUAUCUGGUAUACCAUCAUGUCAUGGCAUGUUCAUGCGGGGAGGAGAGUUGAUAGACAUGGCAUGGCAUACUCAUUCCAUGGAUUCUGGAGCAUCGCCUUAUACUUCGAAGCAUGCAAGCAUCCAUUGCUAAUUAAAUAAAUUAAUUUGUUUAGCAUUGUUUUCCCUUCAGGCUAAGAGAGGCUAACAGUGAUUGUAAAAUUGAAAACCUGUGCCAGUCUUUUCUUCCCUCUUAGCAGCAGAUGGCGAAAAGCAUGUGGCAGUUCUUUUGGUAAGAGAAGCUUAGUGAUACUGAUGACAUGCCAGGAGUUCAGCUGAAUUGGUUUCAAGAUAGACUUGUGCAUAAGCCAACUGAUGGAGUUUAUUGCCAUGACUACACUUGCUGCUGUUCCAUCUAAUGGAGUUCCACUGCAUUUGGUGACUUCAUUAUUUUUCUAACAAAGUGUUGAUGUGAAUGUUGGAUUGAGAACUUGUGUUCGAUAUGCGUGCUGUUUGGCAUCUUAGUAAGGACUGAAGUGGGCUACGAGAAAGCUUCACACAAAUGACAAGGGGUUGGGAAUGGCCGGCUGUUCUACAUGUCAGAAUGUGUGGCUUUUCUCUAUAAAAUGGGGAGGAAAGGCGGUGUGUUUUGUGUCAAGGAGGCUAUGCGAUCUACAGUUUGUACUGUGUAUGUAGUACAACGUAUCAAAGUAGUCUUUCGUAGGUGCUUGAACCACGGUGCCACUGUUAGUGUCUUAGUUGUGGCAGGUACGUUGGUACAGGUUAACCGUUUCCAAGGUUGCCUCUUGCAAUGAUGUACAGGAUUUUGAUGGUGCAAUGGUGCAUAAGCUAAAAUUUAGGAGUACGAACUAAAAUUUAUGAGUUA